UGUAAAGUCUGUAAAGAACACAAGCUUCCAUUCACUGACACUGUGAGCAGAGAUGGCUCAAAAAGGAACUGAGCUGGAUCGAGAAACCUUUUCUUGUUCCAUCUGUCUGGAUCUACUGAAGGAUCCGGUGACUAUUCCCUGUGGACACAGCUACUGCAUGAACUGUAUUAAAACACACUUUGAUGAAGAGGAAAAGAAGAAAACCCACAGCUGUCCUGAGUGCAGACAACUCUUCCCAUCGAGGCCUGUCCUGGUGAAAAGCACCAUGUUAGCAGCUUUAGUGGAGCAGCUUAAGAAGACUGGACUCCAAGCUGCUCCUGCUGAUCACUGCUAUGCUGGACCUGAAGAUGUGGCCUGUGAUGUCUGCACUGGAAGAAAACUGAAAGCCUUCAAGUCCUGUUUAUUCUGUCUGGCAUCUUACUGUGAGAAACACCUUCAGCCUCAUUAUGAUGCAGCUCCUUUAAAGAAACACAAGCUGGUGGAUCCCUCCAAGAAUCUCCAGGAGAACAUCUGCUCUCGUCAUGAUGAGGUGAUGAAGAUGUUCUGUCGUAAUGAUCAGCAGAGUAUCUGUUAUCUCUGCUCUGUGGAGGAACAUAAAGGCCACGACACAGUCUCAGCUGCAGCAGAAAGGACUAAGAGGCAGAGAGAGGUGGAGGUGAGACGACAAAACAUCCAGCAGAUGAUCCAGGACAAAGAGAAAGAUGUGAAGCUGCUUCAACAGGAGCUGAAGGCCAUCGCUCACUCUGCUGAUAAAACAGUGAAGGACAGUCAGGAGAUGUUCACUGAGAUGAUCCGUCUCCUCCACAAAAGCAGCUCUGAUGUGGAGCAGCAGGUCAGAUCCCAGCAGGAAACUGAAGAGAGUCGAGUCAAAGAGGUUCAGGAGAAGCUGGAGCAGGAGAUCACUGAGCUGAAGAGGAAAGACGCUGAGCUGAAGCAACUCUCAGACACAGAGGAUCACAACCAGAUUCUACACAACUACCCGUCACCGUCACUACUCAGUCAAUCUACACACUCAUCCAGCAUCAAUAUCCGUCCUCUGAGAAACUUUGAGGACGUGAAAGCAGCUGUGACAGAGCUCAGAAAGAAACUAGAGGACGUUCUGAGAGAGACAAGGACAAACAUCUCAAUGACAGUGACUGAAGUGGAUGUUGUACUGUCACAACCAGAACCGAAGACCAGAGAUGAAUUCUUAAAAUAUUCAUGUGAAAUCACACUGGAUCCAAACACAGCACACAUAAAUCUGGGACUGACUGAGGGAAACAGAAAAGCAACAUUCAUAUUAUUACAACAGUCUUAUCCUGAUCAUCCAGAAAGAUUCACUGAUUGUUAUCAGGUCCUGAGUAGAGAGAGUCUGACUGGACGUUGUUACUGGGAGGUGGAUAGGAGUGGGAUUGUUGGUGUAGCAGUCACAUACAAGAAUAUCAGCAGAUCAGGAAAAGAAAGUGAAUUUGGACGUAAUGACAAGUCUUGGGCAUCAGAGUAUUUCCUCACCAGUGCAUUUUGGUACAACAACAUCAAAACCUCCAUCUCUGGUCCUCGUUCCUCCAUAAUAGGAGUGUACCUGGAUCACAGAGCAGGUAUUCUGUCUUUCUACAGCGUCUCUGAAACCAUGACUCUCCUCCACAGAGUCCAGACCACAUUCACUCAGCCGCUCUAUGCUGGACUCUGGGUUGGUUUGUUCUCAAGUGCUGAGUUGAUUAAAAUGAAGUAGACAGAGGUAACUUCAGGACCAGAGAGUUAAAUCCUGUGUUUCUCUUCAUCAACUUGUUUUCUCUCCAUGUUUGUUGCUGAGAGUUCAUUGUUGUGGUGUUUCUGCUCAGAGAUCAGCUGUCAGUCAAACAUCAUGGCUGCUACCUUGACAUGUUUAGUAGUCGUUCUCUGGAUGUUUCAUCACUUUCGUUAGGUGGAGCUCUUUCCUGUGUCUGUUUAGCCGUGAAGGAUAUCACUGCUCAUGAUGACUUUUAUUUUCAUGACAAUCUAAACUUAUCUGAGCUCUAAAUCUGAUAAAUAUCUGUAAUUAUGUAUUUGUUUUGUUGUUGUUUCUCUUCCACUUCAUAUCAGAGGAAUCAGCAGACCUUCCUCUAUCACUGAUAUGUUGUUGAUCUCUUUGUACAGAAAGAAAUCUAUGAUUACAUUUACAUUAAUGUUUUUGGUUGUUUUUGUUAACUUACAUCAGAGAUUUGUACAAAUUCAGUUUUAUAAAACUGGAAUCAUCAUGGUGACUAUUGAACAAAUGAAUUGUUUUUUGUUCUUUCCCAUAACUGAGAUUCUUGGUGAAGCAGACUGAUUGUGCUGAUUUUAACCAGUUUAAUGUGUGAACGAACUGAAGGUUUAGAUAAUGAAUAAAGGGUUUUCACCAAGAGGAA